ACGAAGGAUCUUAAAGGAAAGUGUCUGACUGUCUGCAGUCUCUUCAUAGACUGACAAUAUUAGUGUCUGCAGGAGGCAGUUAUUAAAAAAUCCGUCCUUUUCUGUCCUGAGCGAUGAAGACAGUCCUCAGAAUCACUUGGAUGAAUUCAUCACCGGAAAUGCAUCAGCGAUGGAUCUAAUGCACCAAUCACGCAGAUCUUGACUACUUGUCAUGCGGCUCAGCUGCUUGACGCGUAAGUCACGAGCGACAACUGGACGGCACGAUUGCGAGCUCGUAAGCUUCAGUCGUUCGAGCACUUAAUGUUCGCGUUCCUGCUUUCUCUUUCAUACUUUCGAAUCGCAAGGGUCGGUCGGUUCAGGUGGUUACAGAGCUGAAGUGCUAUCGUGAAGCGCGUAAAGAACUCGAUUGGUACAUUGAGAGUUGUGGUCGGGACGUUCCAGACGAGGUGCAGGAGUCUUGAAUUUGGGAGCAGCAAGGAGCUCAAGAACGAGCAGUCAUGGCGACAGCGAAAGUUGCACUGGGAAGCCAGGGGUUCCAAGUUUCUCCGCAGGGUUUAGGAUGUAUGGGAAUGUCUUCCUUCUAUGGUCCUCCGAAACCUGAGGAAGAGAUGAUCGAGCUGAUUCACAAAGCUGUCGAGCACGGGAUCACUCUGCUCGAUACUUCCGACAUGUACGGACCCCACACGAACGAGAUCCUCAUAGGCAAGGCUUUGAAAGGAAUCAGAGACAAGGUGCAGCUCUGCACGAAGUUCGCCAUUGAGUGGGGUGAGAAGGGCAUGGCAGUCAGAGGAGAUCCCGAGUAUGUCCGAGCUGCAUGUGAGGGGAGCCUCAAGAGAUUGGAUGUGGAAUGCAUUGAUCUCUACUACCAGCACCGAGUCGAUAAUAAAGUUCCAAUCGAGAUAACUAUGGGAGAGAUGAAGAAGUUAGUUGAAGAAGGGAAGAUCAAAUACAUCGGACUGUCUGAAGCAUCGGCUGCCGACAUUCGACGAGCUCAUGCCGUGCACCCUAUUACCGCCAUACAGCUCGAAUACUCUCUUUGGACUCGUGAUGUCGAGGAGGAUAUAAUUCCAACAUGCCGGGAGCUGGGCAUUGGCAUCAUCGCGUACAGUCCUUUAGGCCGUGGAUUUCUUUCAGGGAAAAACUUGGCAGACUUCGGAGAGAAUGACUUCAGAAAGAGUCAUCCAAGAUUCACCAGUGAGAAUUUUCAAAAGAACAAACGUUUUUAUGAUAAAUUGGUUGCCAUGGGAGCUGAGAAGAAUUGCACUCCAGGACAGCUUGCUCUCGCCUGGGUACAACACAAGGGAGCAGUACCAAUCCCAGGCACAACCAGGUGGGAGAACUUGCAACAGAAUAUUGCAUCUUUGGACAUUAAGCUCACAGCAGAGGAAGUUAAAGCGUUGGAAGAAGCCGUCCCCCACGAGGAAGUUCAAGGAGAUAGAUAUGCUGACAUGAGUACAACUUGGAGAGACAACGUCAGUCCCCCUCUUGAAUCGUGGAGUGGGGCUAGACAAUGAGUGUACAUUUAUUCAGGCUAAACGUGGUACUGUUGAAGAGAAUGGUGGACAGUUAGAAAGACAAGUGGAGCAGUUGUCUCGAUAACGAGUACGUUUCUAUUGCAUCUUGUAGCAAAAGUCGGAGCUUCGUACGGUGAGAAAAAGGUAUGAUAGAAAUGACCUUGUACAGGUAUUAGUAUACUACCGCUAUUGACAUCAAAGGUAAUAUGCGAAUGCUAUGGGAUAUGGAUCAUAUGGACAAUGGAUCAAAGUAUCCAAAUCUAUGUUACUCUCGUGGAAU